AUGGCCGUGCUUCGCGCCUUCGCCAUGAUGGCGCUGAUCGUGGUGGCUUCCGCCGCCCCCAUGGCUUCCCGCAAGCUGUUGACCGACAUCAAGGUGGAGGUCGACGCGCUCAAGGCCGCCGCCCAGCCCCUCAUCGCCGCCAAGGCCGCCGCCCCCCAGCCCCUGCUUGACGCCAAGGCCGCCGCCCUCAACGCCACCGCCGCCGCCGCCAGCUCCAUCGUCCAGGUCAAGCUCGCCCUCCUCGGCGCCGCGGCCGCGCACGUCGCCGGCAAGGGCGCGCUCGUGGCCGGCCUGCUGUCGCAGAAGGCCGCGCUGCUCAACGAGACCCUGGUCAAGGGCGCGCCCCUGGACCUCCAGGCGCUGCACUCGCAGGGCAAGGGCCAGCUGCUGGGCGCCCUCGCCGCCGACGCCAAGGCCCUCGACGGCGCUCUUGCCUCGAUCCCCAAGCUCCCCUUCCCCGUGGCGAGCUCGGACGCGAUCAAGGGCGCCGCUCUGCCCAAGGCCGACCUUCCGGUCUUUGGCCUCCCCAACCUGGCCCUGCCCACCCUGGCGCUCCCCGCGCUGCCUCUGCCCCAGCUGGCCCUCCCCGUGCAGGUUGGCAAGGGGCUGCUGCGGCCCAGAUAG